AUGGGGAAGCUGAUCUCCAAAGGCCAGCGCAAAAGAGAUGCUCGAGUUGUCAUGCUGGGGCUCGACUUUGCUGGCAAGUCCACCAUUCUGUACAAACUGAAGAGAGGCCAGGCUGUGGAGACCUGCCCGACGGUGGGCUUCAACGUGGAGUCUCUGCAAACACCCUGCCGCCUGCCCUUCAACCUGUGGGACGUUGGCGGCCAGGUGAGCCUGCGGGCAAGCUGGCCCGACUACCUGGAAGACAUCAGCAUCCUCAUCUUCGUGCUAGACAGCGCAGACACGGCCCGGCUGCCGGAGGCGACAGCAGCCCUGGAGGAAGCCCUGAGCCACCCCAGCAUGGCUGGCGUCCCUGUCCUGCUGCUGGCCAACAAGCAGGAGCUUCCAGGAGCGCUGGCUCCCACCGAGCUGGGGGAGCGGCUGCAGCAGGGGCGGCUGGUGGACCACCGGUGGGUGCUCCAGGGGUGCAGCGCUUACACCGGCCAGGGACUGCAGGAAGCCCUGGCUAGCCUAGGAGAGCUGCUGCGAGACCUGGGGCAGAGCUGCCCGCCCCAAGAGCAGCCCCUCACAGGGGCAGCGGGGAGGAGGCAAGCUCCAGAGCAAACCUGAACCUGAAACGGACUCUGCCCACUCAUCGCUGCCAGCUCCACUUGUUGCAGAGGAUCUCAGCCUCCAGGUACCCCUGAAAGG